AUGUAUACCCCUUCAUACCCCACUGUAACCCAAUUAACCUCAAUAUUUGUGCCAUAUUCAACCGCUGUUGUUUCGGGAUCCGACUCUUCAUCUCAUGUCUUUUCGUAUCGAAGUGCUGCUCAGAUUCAGCCUAUAUGUAUCGGAGAUGGCCUAGAUUCAACUUCGGACGGAGUAAUCGCGACUGUGGUGCUUCCAACGAGUGUCGGCCUUGCCGUUUGGCUGUUGUUUGCUGUACUACGUCCACGUUACCGACAAAUAUAUGCGCUCAGAGAGUGGUUCGUGCAACAAGAGCUGCGACCGCAUCGGUUAAGCUCGAAUCUCGGCGCGUUCCUCUUUCCCUCUGUACCGCUUGUUCCACCUAUACCUUCAGAUGUCCCCGACACUGGAAGGUCAAUUCCAGUGCGCGCUCGCCUAUUUCCAUCCGACGAGGAGUUGAGCCAACGAACUCUGUGGACAUGUCUCAUAGUCGUGCUUGGCUGGAGUUUAGUGGGCCUUGUCGGCGCCUUGCCGAUAUACCUCGUGUCUACGCCAUGCCUUGCGCACUUGUCAGGUGACCCUGAUUUUGCCGGAGUUUACUCCACAAUUCAGGACCUCAGCUUGCUACGUCUCCUGCAGCUACUAGAAGUUGACUCGGCCUCUACAAAUACUACAUACUCAGUACUCAACGUGCUUGACGGCGAUAACCAAACUUCAAAUGUUCGACUGCGCAUCGUUGUUCUUGCCAUUUUGGCGGUAUUUGCGGUUACGCUACCGGCGCUAUAUAAAAUACUGAAAGAAAUUAACAACCUUGUUACAUUCCGCCGGCGCUGGUUAGAAGUACGAUGCGAAGGGAAGGAAAUGGGUUGGCUGAGCUCCAGGAAAGCCUCCGGUUUUGCAGGAUGGGGAGAAAAACGUAUUAAGGAUCAUUUUGUCAAAAUUGGACUCAGUUCUUCCUUGGGAGGCUCUUCUCGGUCCAACAACCGACCGUUGCAGCACUCACGCCGAACUCAGUCUUACUAUCAGAACUCUCAGGAUUCAGUAUUCGAGGUUGACGUCCAAAGUCUGUUCACUGUAUGUGACACGCAUAAUUUGGCACUUCUCAUCAGAGAACGAGACGAAAUUUUGGACAAUCUCGAAGUUGCAGAAACAAGAUACAUAUCAUCUUUCAAAAUUUCAACGCCCGACCCCUCGAUUGCUGAUCUUGAAAUUCUCGCUCCUAGUAUAUCUGAAAGAACGCCAUCCAAACCUCACAUAGGCAGGCCUCGUGCUUUAGUUGGAUCGAGAAACCGUCCACGCCAUCGCAGACACAACCCAGCGCAGGCUAACUCGUCUUUCGCCCCUACCUCGUUUGUGGCCCCAUCACAGUACUACAAAUUACGCGGUCUGAAAAACGUCAAUGGCGGGAGACUUUCCGACAGCAUCAACACGCCGAUUAGUCUGACGGAUUCAUUCAAACAACAGAGCGAGAGAGGUUCGGCAUCCUACAAUGCCAUGCCAUCAGGAAGCCAUGUAAAAACGGAGGAACUCGGAGAGCCGUCGAUCUCAGUUCCUGACCCAAAGUACUACGGGCCAAACCAUGGCAGAGGGUCAUUUGAAAGUGGUGGUGGAACUGGGACAGGCACUGAAUAUCUAACUGUGGAGUCGUCAUCGGACAUUCGGCAAUCUCUUGAUGACGACUGGGUUGUCCUCAGGCACGAGAUCGAUUUUGGCAAAUCGUCGAGCGAGGGACCUGCUGCUUGCCCAGCACCCCGACCACAGGAAGAGCUUGCACCCCGAAGGCAACCUCAGAGACCUCUUGAUACGUCAUCCGACCGCCGGGAGACCUUUCCACUAAGGAUUCGACCAAAGGGCAACAUUCCCGCUGAAGAUGUUCCACCACCUCAUUUACGCCUGCAGCCGAGACAGCCGUUUGUCCGACCUGCUUCUGACCUUAACUACGAUAAUCUCGGUGCUGUCUAUGCCGAAAUAAACCAGUGGCGUUCCCGGCUAAAGCUCAUCAACAUGCAGAUUGCCGAAGCUCAGCAAGAUUCCUAUGCAGAUAUCGCCGAUGGCGCGCCUGUCAAGGGUUGGAUCAUAAUCGGGCGUGGUUUGCGCCACAUGCAUGCUGUGGAGCUGAUAGAGGGUAGGGCAAAGGAAGACGUGCGUUGGGACACCCUACAGAACGAAACGACGCUGCUGGAUUCUGCAGCAUUUUGGUUGGUUAUGGCAGUGGUUAAUAUACUCCUUGCCGCUGGCCUCACGGCUGUUGCGGGACUUGCCCUCAGCGCUGCUUCGAGUGUGGAGCAUUAUUUACCUUUCUUUCGCCCCCUUUCAGACCAUGGGAACCUUGUCUCUGGAUUAGCAACUUCUCUUGCUCCCGCAAUUGGUGUUGCGCUCUUCACUGUGAUUGCACUCAGGAUCAUAAAACGGGCAGCUGGAUGGAGUGGUGUUGUAUCCGUGUCCGGAGUUCGAAUGCUCGCGGUCAAACUUGUGUUUUACACCAUAACAGUCGUGGUUGCCGCAUUUACCAUCACUGCCGGUGCUCUCCUUUUCGCGUUAGAGGCAUUUAAUCAUGGGGUUGACAUUGCUAAAACGGUCGCAACCGGUUGUGUCUAUAUGAGCGCUUUCGCUUUCGCUCUCAUUAUCAACGUUGCUGUCCUAUUCCCUGGGUUAAUGUUGUUACAACCCCUCCGAUUGUGGUCUGUUCUUCAUUCGGAACAAGACGCCGUCACCCCAAGACAGCGUUUCCGAGCUGUAUAUCCGACAACUUACGAUGCUUCUUAUGCUGCAAGUGCUUGUGUACUAUCCAUGGUUUUUGCAUCAGCAUUUUCUCUCAUUUUCCCUUUGAUCGGGCCAGCUAUUGUGAUUCUUCUGUUUUUGGCUCUUGUUGCCCAUAGAUAUCUCAUUGGAUAUGUUUAUGCCCGAACUCUUUCGGAGACUGGGGGGCUUCUCCAGAUCUGGUUGCUGAAGCGAUUGGGUACACUCCUUGCGCUACAGCCUCUACUCCUCGGUCUAAUUUUGCUCAGUCGGCGGCUCUGGAUAGAGGGAGGAAUACUUGUGGGCAUAGCUCUCGUUGUGGUGGGGAUAGUAGAAGUGUACACCAUGCACAAAACGAGGCUUGCAAGCCUCCAAGCGUUACCUGAGAGCACCCAAGAGUCUCUUAGAUUAUUUCGCAGGGCGUUGGAAUCAGAUAACCAUACUGAUACCGAUGACGAGAAUCGCAGCAUGAUCACCGCUAGAGGGAACCGCACAAGGGGGUCGAUGGCUUCUGUCCUCGAAAUGAUGUCUCUCACGUUAGCGGUUAUGCCAUCAGCUUCAAAUCAUCGUGGUCCUCUACCACUUCGAACGGAAACUCUGGAUGAUCUAAUUGCUACAGAGCGAGCUGCCAGAACGCAUCCUGACGCUCCUCCGCACCUUCCUCUGUUAUCCUUUGGGGACCAUGCCGAAGAGAUGUCAGGCAUCAUGUAUCCGCCCGAGUUGCUUGCCCCACCACCGAUCAUCUGGCUUCCGAACGAUACAGCCGGGGUGGCCAAAAUGGAGGCAAUUGACUUGCGGAAAUAUCACGAUAUACACGUUACCCUUGAUGUCCAUGCUAGGGAUGUCAUCCUGCCUAAACGGAGUACAUCCACACGAACACACGCGUGA